AUGACGAUGCUCUCCACCAGCUGACCUGUAUCUCCCUAAUGCCUUCGGUUCGCAUCGUAUCUCCUCCAAUUUUGGUUUGUUCCUCUGUGUAUCAUACACCCCAGAGACACACAAGUAGAUUCGUAAACCUGUCCAGGUGGUUGCUUUAUGCAUACAAAAUACCUCGAUAAGUGCUAGGGAAGAAGACCUCCCCUUGCUCAGGUAAAGUACUGUGCUACGUACCAUAUCCACAUGUAUGUACAGUAGAACCUCGCUAAUCCGGACCCCUUUAACCUCGAAAAUCCGGACAAAAUGGCAAACUGAAAAAGAGGAGGGGCUGUCAGUAGAAUAGAGUACUGCGCAUGCGCAAGGAAAAUUGCUUAGCUGAAUCAGCAAAAAUUUUAUUGAUAAACUGCUUAAGACAAUGGCCACUGCAAAGAAAACGAAGAGAGAGCUCACAAGACUCACUGUAUUGGAGAGAAAGUUGAGAUAAAGACUAUUCUAGCUAGCAGCUUCCCUUCUGGCCACAGUAAUAUCAUAAUACAUGUACAAAAGUGUCUUCGUUAAUGAUAUUCAUAAUCAAUUAAUGACAUCUGUUAAUCCGGAAAUUUCAUGUAUUCGGAUGGGGUCUGGUCCCGCUCUAUUCGGAUUAGCGAGGUUCUACUGUACAUAAUAACCACGUCACUAUAAUACUACCCAGACACCUGAGUCGUAAUCGCUAUACUCCUGUACAUAUACAAGCCCAGGCAAAGCUAUUAUUAUGUAGCCAUAUAUGGCGAUUACUUUCCUGUAUAAGAAGAAGUUGUAAGGCAAUACCCACAUUUAAACAUAUAGUAUCUACCUACCAAGGCAUACCGUCACUUUGUUAUGACAAUUAAUACACUGACAGGCGGGAUGGUUAUAUGGUCUUAUUUAUGGCUGGAAUGCAGCACUUAUGCUAAUCUCCUAAUCAAAUGUCACUUCAGGUUCACCAUGGUAUUACAUAUUAUUAUUACAUAUUCCUUGCUCUAGUCUCCAUGGUAUCACCGCAAUACACCCCACAAAAGUACCAAAAGCAAAUAAUCAAUCAUUGCUGCAAAACGAUAUAAUGCAAUAAUUAUGAAGCUAAACACUGGUAUGUGUGGGCUGCCUUACAUCAAGUUUGCCUAUGUGCCCAACACGCAGAUUGAGGAUCCAUGGCAAACAUUUCAACUACUGAGCUUAGAAGUGUAAAAAGCAGACUUUGCAAUGUUAUAUACAUGUAUAUGCCACAGUACGUCCCCCCUUCAUUGAAAUCCUGUAGCUCAGUGCAAAUGGUUGCUUCUUCUCCAGACGUCCCAGAGGGACCCUAAACUCGGUGAGCACGAUGCACUUUGGUUUAGAACAUUUUAUUUUUAGUGAGAAGUUGAGCCUUGAUUAUUCGAACCCCGAUCAUCUGAAUUUGGAUGAAAGAUUCGACCAGGCAAACACCUACUCGCGCAUGCGCAUUAAGUGCCCACGUGGUUGUGUUGCUGAUUAGCAGAAGUAGUUAGCCUAACAUGCAGUGUAGCUUGCUACCUUGUUCUGUCCACUGACUGAUGCAUUAUGUCCAAGACUAGUACAUUUGUAAGAGAUCGUUUGCUGAUUUUGCAUGCAGAGGCUAUUUGAAUAAUUGAUGGGCAUGGAUCAUUAUUUUAGAGUCAUUAAUAUUUCAGCCAUCCGGAUGAGGUGGGGACACCAGGUAUUCGAGGCUCAACUGUAGUGAGACAUUUUUGAAUGUUUACAUGUACGUGUGAAUACAUUUUUGUGGUUGAAUUAUGGUUGAACUUAGUACUGAUGAGUCAGCAAUAAUUAUUAGCAGGUACCUUACUUUAGCUAGCUAGCUAAGCUUGUAUUACUACUAUAUGCUAUUCGUGGUAACACCAGGUAUUCGAGGCUCAACUGUAGUGUGAAUGUUUACGUGUGAAUACAUUCUUGUGGUUGAAUUAUGGUUGAACUUAGUACUGAUGAGUCAACAAUAUUAGCAAAAAGUAGGUACCUUGCUAUAGCUAGCUAGCUAAGCUUGUAUUACUACUAUAUGCUAUUCGUGGUAACACCAGGUAUUCGAGGCUCAACUGUAGUGAGACAUUUUUUAUGUUUACAUGUGAAUACAUUCUUGUGGUUGAAUUAUAGUCAAACUAAGUACUGAUGAGUCAGCAAUAAUUUAGCAAAAGUAGGUGGGGUACCUUGUUAGUGAUCUAAAGCUAUUCAGUCACAUAGCUAGCUAGAGCUAGAGCUAGACAAUGGGUAACAAACACCCACAACCAGGAACCAAGAAGGCAGUACAAGCAGUAGCCGAAAGAGACGAACCAGAUCACCCUGAAACUUGUUCUAAAGACCAGAACAGUGAGCCUAACAAAACAGUUCACCCUGAAGUGUCUUCUAAAGAUCAAAACAGUGAUCUUGACGAAACAGUUCACCCUGAAGCCACUUCUAAAGACCAAAACAGUGAUCCUGACGAAACAGUUCACCCUGAAGCCACUUCUAAAGACCAGAGCAGUGAUCAUGACGAAGCAGUUCACACUGAAGAGCUUUCUAAAGACCAUAACAAUGAGCCCGAUGAAGAUAGCCAUGACGGAGAACUAGAGGAUCAAGAUGAUAGCGAAGAUUCUGAAGAUGAGACACUUACUAAAACACCUCCAGUUUCAUUAAACUUGAAGCUUUACUGUGCAACAGAUGAGGUCCGGUCUAGAUCUGUUAAAAUUGUCACUCCCUGCACACCAAUAACUAUUCUAGAUGUUAAACUAUGUGUAGAGAACGAGCUCAGCAUACCAGCCUGUUGUCAAGAAUUGAGCUUUGAAUCUCAGAAGCUGCGAGAUUGUGAUUCUGUCGAAGUGUUAAAAAUUAGAGAAGGGGAUACGUUGACAAUCAACUAUGAAAGUGAAGGAAUGGUUGAGGAUGUCAGGGAGAUCAUCAAGGGAAUGAAAUCUAUGAAUCGUUUUCUCAGAAAAAAGACUAUCAGAAAGCGACUAGAAAAUGGCAGUGGAUGUGAUACCGAAAUUUCUAAUAAUCUAGACACAGUUCAAGUUGAGUCACUGGCUUCUGCAUACUUUCACCCAUCUGCCGACCCUAGGAGCAAAGCUAACCGGUUGUUCUUCGUAAGCAACAACGGCCUUCAGAUCAUGCACCAACUUCACGCAGAGCUGCUUAGAUAUCCAUGGGACAAAUGUGUGCUGGAAAUGCAGUAUCUAGAGCAUUCAAUUUUAAGAGUUCUAUGGAAUCUUUCGGCAGCUUUUUCAAUCAGACUGCUACUGCUGGAAAGACCAACUUUGGAGGCUGUGAUAAAGUCACUAGUUAGAGUAGAAAUUCCCGCUAAUUCAUUCUUUCAAGGUCCGAUUGGGUCAUCAUACGAGUACAAGAGAAUCACAAGUGAAAUGCUCUACAAAGCUGUUGGAACUAUUGGCAAUUUGGCUGAAAUCCCUAACUGUCGAGUGGCAAUUGCGUCCAGGAAGGAUGUGCUGGAUCAACUACUGGCCACACUGACCAGUCCUACCUACACCUACAUUGCCUCACUGGUAGCGUCUGCAGGGCUACUGUGUCUUGCUUACAGCCCUGAAACCCACCAGUAUCUAAUUAAAGACAAUGUGAUCCGCAAGUUCGACAAAGCAUGUGACUCUGUCAAGCAUCACACUCACAUGGACGAACAGCUGCUUAAAUACUUUCGUUGCGUGUUUUAUGCUCUACUGCUGUCCACCUCACCGGCCAUGAUCCCAACUCAUGCGAAACUACAGAUGAAACAUGCCAUGAAAAACUUUCUAGAGUCAGCUGAUUAUGAAACAAUUAGAGAACACGAGAAAAAGAAAGGGUACAUUUGGUCGACUGUUGCUCACUUUGUCAAGCUCGUUUACAUUCCUAAGCAGAGUUCCCAGUGGUCUAUCUGCACUCCGAAGGAGGUCAUAGCCGAAAACAACGAACUAGAAGAUCUCUGCAUUGAGGCUGGUGUCUUUAGUCUACAAAACGUGCUUCUAUCCAAUGACACUCGAGAGAUUCUAAAGGCUGAAUCAUUGGUGGACUAUAUAGUAUGCAUGCCCUGGCAUCUGUCACCGGAUACAAAGGCACACGUAAGAGCAUGUGCUCUAAGACAGUUUCUAAGCAGCAAGAUGCAGUUACAACCUCCAACGCUUGUUAACCUGGCCAAGGCUAAACUUGCUGUGAGUCAUUGUGGGCUGGAGAGAGUAGUGAAAGCCAGAGGCUUGCAUGACAUUGUUGCAGCAUAAGCCAUUAAUGUGUGUUCGUGUGCAUUUUUAACACACUCAUUUAUUUUUCUUAUAACCAUGCAUACAGAUGGUAAUUUUUUGUUUUCUUCUUUCACAUAAUGUUAUUGUACAAUUUGCAUUAAAAUGCUUUACGCUUUUAGGAGCAUCAAUCUAUUGGCUAUAAUUAA